AUAGGUUUACUACUCUAAUAAUUCUCUCUUUCCUUUUAAUCAGUGGUGGUGUCCUGCAUGUUACUAUAAACUCGCUGGCAAUGUAUAUAAAAAAUUGUUUAAACAAUAUUAGAAUGGUAUAACCUUACCUAAGCAAAUGAUAUAUAAAUUUUAAGUCAAUAGCGUGUGUAACUAUAUUAAUAAUUGAUCAAUACAAAAAUGUGCAUAUGGUUAAUAGAAAUAAAUAAGGAUGAUGCCAGUACAUGUAUGUAUUCUGGUAUUCCCUUUGUAUGUUGACUGAACUUCAUUCUCAAAUUUUCUUACAAGAUGAAAUCUUUCCAAUUUGCCAAUGAGUCUUCUCCAGUUUCCUUAACUCCAGAUUUUAUCCUCCCAGAACACAAAAGACCACACCUUUCAGAGGUUACUUUUUCAGACUCUAUACCAAUAAUUGAUUUAAGUCACUUGGAUGUGGUUCACAAGAUUUCAAAGGCAUGUGAGGAAUUUGGUUUCUUCCAAAUUGUGAACCAUGGUGUUCCUGACCAAGUUUGCACUAAAAUGAUGAAAGCAAUUACAAACUUCUUUGAGUUGGCACCAGAGGAAAGAAAACAUCUUUCAUCAACAGAUCAUACCAAGAAUGUAAGAUUGGUCAAUUAUUUACUUCGAGUAGAUGGUGGAGAAACGGUGAAGUUGUGGAGUGAAAAUUUUGUUCAUCCAUGGUAUCCUAUGGAUGAUAUCAUUUCUCUUCUACCAGAAAAUAUUGGGACCCAAUACAGGGAGGCUUUCACCGAAUAUGCAAAGGAGAUUAGUUCAUUGGUGAGAAGGCUUUUGAGUUUGAUAUCAAUUGGGCUUGGCUUAGAGGAAGAUUUCUUGUUGAAGAAGUUGGGUGAGCAACCUAGACAAAGAGCACAGGCAAAUUUCUAUCCACCAUGUUCAAAUCCAGAGUUGACUAUGGGUCUCACUGAACAUACUGAUAUCAAUGCUCUCACAGUCCUAUUGCAAUCAGAAGUUUCUGGUCUUCAAGUUAACAAAGAUGGAAAAUGGAUUUCUAUUCCUUGUAUUCCCAAUGCUUUUGUCAUCAAUCUAGCUGAUCAAAUUGAGGUUCUAAGCAAUGGAAGAUACAAAAGUGUACUCCACAGAGCUGUAACCAACAAGGUGCAUUCACGAAUGUCCAUGGCAAUGUUUUAUGGGCCAAACUCGGACACGAUAAUUGGUCCUAUUCAGGAAUUGAUAGAUGAAGAACACCCUCAAAAGUAUAGAAAUUAUCGCUUUUCUGAUUUCGUUGAAGAAUUCUACUGCCACGGAACAAAGAGUAUGUUGAAUUAAGUCUUUGACUUGCCACAUUAUAAUUUAAAUAAUGUAAUUUAAAUUGUAUGUAUUGAUGGUGCAAAUACGUUUUACACAAAUCUAACCAUUUAAAUGUUAUAAAUUUUCUAAAAUUACUUGAAUAUAUAUGUAAAAUUAUUUUGCA